UUCCAGCAUCGGCAGCCGUUCGAAGACGUGGCAAUAGACGUUUGUGCUCUGUAGUGGGCCAAUAGUAAGGAGGAAUAGUUGGAAAUAAGAAGCGUGGAGUCCAGGCGGUUGCCGUUUGUUAUUGAAGUUAUUCCAUCGCCUCGAGGCAGAACAAGGCGAGGCAUAGAAGCACACACGAUCGACUGGCUGCCUGGCUGCCUGGCUGCCUAGCUGCCUAGCUGACUGUCCCUGGCUGACAAACAUCUACAUUUCAAUCCAGCCGUCAUUUUUUUUUUACAAAUUUAUAUAAAACGACAACAUACACUCACGAGUAUACAGGGUGUCCCCGUACGGAUGCUCCUUCGUCAAGUCACUCGAAAGUUCAUUCGAGUGAAGUUGCAGCAGUGUGAAGUGGGCCAUUCGAAAUUUAACGAUUAAUCCUUUUCACUCGUCGACGUGCCUCCAUCUUCUGUCCUUUAUUCUUCCUUCUCUGCGUCCCGCGAUGGUCACUCUGCCGUGACUGUGGAUGCUGCUAACAAGAGGUGGAAGGGUAGUUUGCGGAGAGGGGAGGUCAUCGCGUGGAAAGAUUGGGGCCCUUUCGUCACGGGGCACGCGCUCCCCGGGGGCCCACCUGCCGAUCGGACGCAAUAAAACCCCAAUGACACCCCCGUGAAACGGCAUUCAGUCGACUGCCGGGCUCCCAUUCGUUGCCCGGGAGCCGAUUAAUGGGGAGCGCCGGGAGAAACUCGCUAACUCGUUUACGCGCGUUAAUACGAAAUUGAAUGAAGGCUGAUCACUUGAGAAUUGCCAUAAAACCGGCGCCUCUGAAGUUCGACGCCUUUGUCAAGCGAGACGCCAUCGCUCGUGGGCCUCUUAACGCCACUAGGGAGGGUUGUAAAGUUAAAGUGGGGAUUCUUCGGGACAAGCUCAGGCAUGAAAGUCCAAGUGGUUUUAGUUAGUCGAACGCGUUAAAGUCGUUCGUAAACCAACUACAGGCUCACGACACGAUGCCGUGGUGGAGGCUGAUGCUCUUGGCAGGUGCGAUGUUCAUCCUGCUGCUAGCAAGGACGAAUUUCUCACACGCCUGCAACGAAGCAAUUUGCGCCAGCGUCGUGAGCAAGUGCAUGCUCACGCAAAGCUGCAAGUGCGACCUGGUGACCUGCACCUGCUGCAAGGAAUGCUUCUCCUGUCUCAGCUACCUCUACGACGAGUGCUGCUCCUGCGUGGAUCUCUGCCCCAAGCCUAACAUCACGAAUAAUCCUCUUAGCAAAAAAUCGCACGUUGAGGACUUCAGUGAACCUGUCCCAGGACUCUUCCAGGCUCUCACGGCCGAACCGGAUUCUCUUGAGCGCUGGCUGACUUUUACGUUUCCGGUAGAUUUUGACAUGACGGUUUUCACACCUAAACCUGAGAAGGAGAUGAAAUAUCACAUGCAGUCUGUCAAGCAGGAAGUGCAUCCUGCAAAGCCAAACGUGAUGACAGUAAAUUGCACUGUGGCGUACAUGGCGCAAUGCAAUUCCUGGAACAAGUGCAAAGCCUCUUGCCAGAGCAUGGGCGCCACGAGCUACAGGUGGUUUCACGACGGCUGUUGCGAGUGCAUAGGCGACACCUGUAUCAAUUACGGCAUCAACGAGUCCAGAUGCAUCCACUGUCCUGUAGAUAAGGAAGAGGACGACCUCAAGGAUCAAUACGAUGACUACGGCCAGGACGAGGACGAGCUUACCGAAGACGAACUUGAUUGAGGUUUAAAGAAGAAUGAAAAAGAAAAAUUAAGAUCAUCCAUUUCUUUGAAAAUCUCGUGAAGGAUUACAGUUUUUUUCAUCAGACCCUCGCGCAAUCCCGGUGACCGUAGGAAUCAUUCUAUCUUAGUUUCUGUCGCUAGGUCGAGUGUUAAUUGACGAUCCUUUGUCAUUGGGAUCAGCUCAGCCAGUGACUGUACUUGUUAUUUUAAAUCGAGUUAACGUAAAGCGAGCCCUAGUUUGGAUCUCUUCUAAAGAGAUUCGAUUAAGCUAUCUGGGCAAUCAGUAAAAUGAUGACUGAAAGUCAUGAGAGCUUUCCCUGAUGAAAGCUCACAAUGAGCUAUGUGAAAAUACUCGGAAAUUCAAAUCUGUGAGAAAUCCAACAAAACAAUGACCUCGAUAUUGUCAAAGCGUUCAAGCAUGUUGAGUUUAUUCGAGGUUAUGUAGUUUUUUUAUACUCGACCGUAAGAAGGUCUCCAAGCAUACUCCAACCGUGGUAUUAAGGUACUCUUAAUCUUCUAUUAUUUUAUUAUUGUAUUGUGCCAUAUGAAUAAAAUUGUAUAUAUUUCAAAA